AUGGAGGAGAACCAGCUGACGAGCAACGACUGGAUAGUCCUGGAGCAUCUGGCCAAGCUGCUGGGAUUCUACGAGGACGCUGUGCGGACUCUAGAGGGCGAUGGCCAGCUGCGUAGGCGAAAGCGAGGAUGGGUUGGCUCGUACGGAAAUAUAUGGGAAGUCGUUCAGGGGUUUGAGUUUCUCCUAGAAGUUCUCGAGAAAUACAAGCAGCUCGCAUGCGGGAUACCUGAUUUCGAGCACUUGAGGAUCAACAUCAAUCUGGGCUGGGAAAAGCUCAACAAAUACUACCGCCUGCUGGAUGAGACACCGAUUUACUGUACCGCCUUGGCGUUGCACCCGGCGUUUCGAUGGGGCUAUUUUGAAAAUGAGUGGAAAGAUCAUCCUGAUUGGGUGGUCAAUGCAAAGCAAACGGUUCGAGAGGCCUGCGGCUAA